UAUUAAAAUUAUUGCGUUUCAAUAUGUUAUAUAUUAUUUUAACUUAUUCGAAAAUGCGACCAAUCGUGUCUUUCUUCGUCAUACGUGAUUGGUCACGAAAGAUAAAGCGUAAUAAAAGAGGUUUAUCGAGUGUCGAGUGAAGCCGAAGUCUCAAGGAUGGAACCGACGCACGACGAAUCGACAACCACUCAAACCGCUUCGAUGCAAGUGAUACUCGUGGAUAGUCGCGAACUCUUGCAACAUAUUCUGUAGAAAAUAUCCAAUUGUUAAAAGAAAUAGAUCUGAGAUCGUACAAAGAUAUCAAACAUGUCCAGACAAGGAGAUAGAGGUUUUGAUCCUUUUGAACCAUCAACUAGUAGUGGAUAUCGAAAGAAACCUUACUCUAGAUCAGAAUCAGAAUAUUCAGUAAAAGGAGUAGUAAAGGAUGUCAGCCAGAAAGGUGAUGCAAGUACCUCUACAUAUUCACAACAAUCUACUACUGAACCAGUAAAAAUUAAGUCAGAGAGUGGAGAUGUCGCAUCGACAAAAGAAACACGUGGUCGACGCAGGAUGGAAACUAUUUUUGUUACCAGGCCAGCUACUUUAGUAACUAAAAAAGGAACGUCUGGAAGACAUAUAGUAUUGCAAACAAAUCACUUUAGAGUGCCUACUGUACCUGAUUGGUGCCUUUAUAAAUAUCGAGUUGAUUUUGAACCGGAAGAAACUCGUACAUAUAUUCGGAAAGGUUUGCUUAGACUUCAUAAAGAAAAAGUUGGUGCAUAUAUCUUUGAUGGUACUAUCUUAUACUCAAGCUGCCGUUUACCAGAUAAAGUGGAAUUGGUAUCAACUAGACAAUCCGAUGAUGCACCUGUUAAAAUUAUUAUACGUUUAGUUGGAGACAUGACGCGGGAUGAUCCGCAUUAUAUACAAUUUUUUAAUAUAAUAAUGAGAAAAUGUCUAGAGCAUUUAAAAUUGCAAAUGGUUGGCCGUGAUUAUUAUGACGCACUUAACAAGGUUGCCAUACAUCAAUUUAGACUAGAAUUAUGGCCUGGCUACAUUACAUCCAUCAGACAAUAUGAGCGCGACAUUCUAAUGUGCGCCGAAAUAACGCAUAAAGUAAUGCGUCAAGAAACUUUGCUAGAUAUAUUAAGUGAUUGCUACAGACGUGGUCAAGAUUAUAGGAAAGAAUUUUGCAACAAUGUGAUUGGAAUCACUGCACUUACGGAUUAUAAUAAUAACACAUAUCGUAUCGAAGAUGUUGAUUUUGACACAAGCCCUUCAUCAACAUUUUCUAUGAAGUCUGGUGAGAGUAUAUCUUAUCAAGAAUAUUACAAGAGGAAAUACAAUAUUGAUAUAACAAAUGCCACGCAACCAAUGUUGGUGACAAGAUCAAAACCAAAAGUAAGAACUGCUGGUCAAGGAGAUUUGGUUUAUCUAGUUCCUGAAUUAUGCCGUGCUACAGGUUUAACUGAUAAUAUGAGAGAAAAUUUUCAUCUUAUGAAAGCAUUAGCUACAUAUACUCGUGUCUCUCCUGAAUCUCGGAUUGAUAAACUGAUGAGAUUUAAUGGCAGACUUCGUCAAGAGACAAAAGUUUUAGAAGAAUUUAAUGACUGGAAUAUGAAAUUAGAUAGAAAUUUACUUGAAGUUCCUGCUCGUACAUUACCUUGUGAAAAACUUGUAUUUGCUAAUAAUUAUAAGAUUACCUGUGAAAGAGGAGAUUGGACAAGACUAAUGCAAAAAGCACGUUUAAUCAACUCUAUCCAUUUGAGAAAUUGGGUAUUAAUUGGAAAUCACAGAGACUAUGAUGCUGUAAAGAAAUUUUUGAACAACCUAAGUACAGUGUCAUAUGGAAUAUCAUUCCGAUUUGAACAACCACAGAUGCAUUGGUUGCGCGAUGAUAAGUCGAGCGUGUAUGCCGAGACUCUCGAGCAUAUCCUUAGCAGGAAUACACCAGAUUUAAUAUUGUGCAUAGUGAGCAAUAAUCGGAGUGAUCGUUAUGCAGCAAUUAAGAAGAAGUGUUGUGUAGAUAGACCUGUACCAUCGCAGGUUAUUUUACAAAAAAACUUAAAUGGAAGAAAUGCUAUGACUAUUGCCACAAAAGUAGCAAUACAGAUGAACUGUAAAUUAGGUGGCGCACCUUGGCAUAUUGAAUGCCCAUUAAAAGGAUUAAUGACAAUUGGUUUUGAUAUAUGUCAUGAUUCGAAUACCAAAGGCAGAGAUUUUCUGGCUAUGGUGGCAACUGUCGAUCAAGCGCUAACGCGAUACUAUAGCUCUAUUACUUUAUAUCACAGCAGCGAGGAGCUUGUGGAGCAACUCUGUACAAGUGUAUGCAAAGCUAUACAAGCUUAUCGCGCUCAAAAUAAGGCUUUACCCAGAUAUCUUGUAAUUUAUCGCGAUGGCGUCAGUGAUGGUCAAAUACCGCAUGUUUAUGAGAAUGAAGUAGAAAGUCUGAAAAAGAAACUUGAAGAAGUAUAUUAUGGUCCAAAUUUCAAGAUGAUAUUUAUAAUUGUGUCUAAACGAGUUAACGUUCGACUUUUCCAUAACAGAACGAAUCCUCCGAUUGGUACAAUCGUUGAUGAUGUUAUAACUAGUCCGUUUAAAUACGAUUUCUUUCUUGUAUCGCAAAGUGUUAGACAAGGCACAGUUUCGCCAACCUCGUACAAUAUUAUUUCAGAUAAUACCGGCUUAGACCCAGAAAUGAUACAAAACUUGACUUAUAAAUUAACUCACAUGUAUUACAAUUGUUCAAGUACCGUUCGUGUACCGGCACCUUGUCAUUAUGCGCAAAAGCUAUCGUUCUUAGUAGGACGAUUUCUCCACCGACCUCCAAGUACGCAGCUGGAAAACAAGCUGUAUUUCUUGUGAUAUAACAAAUAUCUCUUCAUAAUGAUUUGACUUAGUAUAUUAUUUUAAAUAAUUAAGAAGAUCGUUAAUUGUGUUCAUUUUAUUUUUUUAUGUCCUAAAGUUAUUUGAUGUGGAUUACUAUUAGAUUAUAUAUUACUAUAAGAUUUUCUAUAUAACUUGUUACUAUAUGAUGCCAAAAACUAUUCCAUAUAAAUUACCAAUAUUUGAUCUAUUAUAAAUGAUUAGAUAAUUAAAUGCGGUACUAAACACAAUGCUAUUGUAUAAGAUAAUACAAUUUUUUUUUUAACAUCUAUUUAAUAUUAUAUGAAUAUUAAAAUAAUUACUAUUAAUUUAAAUGUUUAAUGUAAUAACCAAAUAUAGCCAAGUAAUUUUUUUUAAGUGCUCACAGUUAAACAGUAAUAUGAUGACUGGUAUGUAUGAUAAUUUUCAACAUUUUCAAUUUUAUUUAAAGAAUAGACAUUUUUAUUUUUACACACCAUAUAUAUAUAUAUAUAUAUAUAUAUAUUUUUUUUCUUUUUUUCUUGAAAGCAUACCAUGUAUUUUUAAAAUAUAUGACCGUAUAUAAGAACAUGUAGAUGUGUUAAUGUUAAUAUAUGUAAUAUAUGGCUAUAAGGAAAUAGUUAAACAAUUGACAUUUUUUCAUGGUUUAGAAAAACAAAGAAUAAAUAUUAAUUAAAUUAACUUAAUCUAAGUAUGUGCCAUUUAUCUUAGUUUUAUGCAGUCAAAUGAUUAUUCUAAAUUUAAGGUACAAAAUUGUUGAUAUCUGUAUGAAUACUUUGGCUAUUUAUUAAUAUACUCUUCACUUAUUUUAUGUUGAUGUUUACAAUAAUACUAUUUUUAUAAUAUUCAUUUCAUUGAUGAUUGAUGUAUAUGAGCUGAAUAGGUAUAUUAUUAUUUUAUACGUGUAAUGUACAUCUUAUACAAUGCAGUGUAUACACAUUUAUGUAUGAUUAAUACAUUUAUAAGAAUGCACAUAUGAGUGAAGAAAGUGUGAAAGAAUGCGAUUAUAAAUCCAUUUAUGUAUAAAUAAACAAAAAAUGUAUAUCAAAUUUUAUAAUGAUAGAUAUAUUUUUGUUGUAAUCUU